AUGAGGGUUAAACAGAACAAACACAAACCAAUCAUAUUCGGCAACUGCAAAGAAGUUUUGGCGACAGUUAUAAUGUUUUACUUUGCCGCAAAUCUCGUUUUCGGAGCGGAAGAGAACGAGACUGAAUUUUGCAGAAGAAGAUGGUAUGAAUUCGUGAACGACAAAAAGAAAUGGGAAAGUGAAUGUUUAAAUGAAGAUAGUGUGAGAGCGUCAUCGUGUUGUAAAGCUACAGCUGGUUAUCUUGAACAGCGACAUGAAAACUAUAUAAAGUGGUGUCCCAUUGUGGGUAAGUUCAGAACAGUUUCAAUGUUGAUAUACACCGUGUAAAUAUAAAACAUUAAUAGAUAUUAAAAUUACAUUGAAAUAUUAUUGAUUACUCGCCCCUAUCACGCAGGUCUGGGCCACCAUGCACAUGGCCUUAGCCACGCACCCGACUUAUUAUUAAUUUUUAUGGCCUUAAAAUGUUUCAAUUUUAUUUCAUUAUAGAAGGUAGAUGCGAAUGUCAUUAUUACACAGAGCGAGAGGUUAACCGCAUUGUGUUCGAUAAGAAACCAAUCCAAUGGUCGUGGAGCAAGCCUAACUUCACUUGCCCGCAUAAAUAUCUACUUAAUCGCCAAAAGGUUGAACCAAACAUAACGUCGCCACGCAAUUUCUCCAUUGGUCGACAUGAAAUCAAUAGUACCUUUGAACUGUAUGGAGGAAUAAAAGCAAUAUGUACCAUUGUCUUCAAUGUUCGAUUAUGUCGUAAGUAUUGGCUUUAUAUAUCUGAUUGUAUAUGUAUUAUUCAGGCACUGGUUAUUAAUAUUGGAAUGGGGGGGGGGGCAGUGGGUGAGGAAACCUCCAACAUUGAACUUUUUCUUGAGACCGCCUUCAAGCGAAAUACAUUUAUUUGCAAGACGCCCCCAAUUCCACCAUAUCGACUAUUUUAGAACAUAUUAAAUUAAAUUAAAUCAAAUGCGUAAUAUAAUGCAAGAGCGUUACACGGCAGUGGUGAAGCUAGCUCAAAGUAAUUGGCCAUGGAAGAGACGUGGUAACAAUGUGCCGUAGUAAAUGGAAGCGAUGUGUCGUAAACUCGGCGCAACUAUAAGACAUAUUUUUUGCUUUUUGAAAAGGGUCCUGAAGGGGUAAAAUGGGAACUGGGAUUGAUCUAUUUUUAGACUUGGAAAAUGGGAUUUGGGUUGCUGGGACUGGGAUUUGGCCACUGGGAAUGGGAAAUGAAGUCCUAAGAAAUGGGAAUGGGAUUGAGGUAAUGCGAGUCGAUUCCCAAUUUUUCUGCCUUUUGAGUAUUUUAAAAUACAAUUUUGAUCCGUUUUUAAUUGGUGUCUUUGGUCAUGAUUUUUGUUGUUAACUAUACUAUUCGCAGCACUACCUGCGAACAGGCAUACUCUGGCGCCCGAAAUUCUGGGUUUUCUGAUUAUGCGUGUCUCAGAAUGCUGCAAAUGCCAUUUCCGGGAUUCAAAUUUAAAAAUUUUCCGUGCCUUGCUUAAAAGGUCUUAAAAUUUAUAAUUUGCAUAGUUAAUUAGAAAUCCACUAGAUUUUAGCAGAUCACGUGACCAGCGUCCACCAGAGUCUUUUCUCCACAAGAGGAAAGACCCUGGGUACGAGGUUGCGGCCAAAUUGUCAUAACGAUAUCGAUUAAUCUUUAUUAACUAAAAAUUCAAUUCCUACAUUUCUUUGUAAGAAAUCAAAGCAAGUCAAGAAUGUCCAAGGAACUGGAAAGAAUAUGGCAAUUCAUGCUAUCUUUUUGUCAUACCAACUUCACGAAUCCGUAAAAUGAACUGGGAAGACUCCAGAGCUAACUGCUUAAGACAUGGAGCUGACUUGGUUUCUAUUCUUAAUUCCUUGGAAGUUGAUUUUAUUAACAAGCAAACAAAAGCCAUAGGAAAAUAUUGGUUCUGGAUUGGGCUAUUCCGCAACAAGACGACCAGUGAUCCAAAGGAAGGCUGGAUCUGGAGUGAUGGCAAUAAUUUCACAAAUCCUCAGCAGUGGCGAUCGGGUCAACCAGACAACUGCCUGAAUAAUCAAAAAUGUGCGCAAUUUCUCGCAAGUAACAAACGGUGGAUUAAUUACAAUUGCGCCGACUUAAUUUCUUCGAUAUGCAAAAGGAAAAAAGGUACUGAAUUUGUGUAA